AUGCAGCGGGCGCCGAAAGGGCUUGAGAUCCCGGAAGGGACAGCAGGGCAGGAGGCAGCGGCGAUGAAGUGCUUCAGCGAAUUCUUAGCUCUUGCUAACAUGAAUGAGGAGUCAACUGCAAGUAUUGCGAAGUCGCUGUCUAUUCCUGAUGCUCUAUCGAGUCAAAACUUUUACUCUUUGCUAACUGCCUUCUCCAUUUUCUUGCAAACUAAGCCAAGUGCUCGAGGAGGCCGUCUUGCUAAGGCUACUGCUGUGGGCUAUAUGUCCCAAGUUGUGAACCUGAUCCGAGAGCGGUACCCUCUGUACUUGUCAGACAGCAAGCGAAUUGCGAAAAUAGGCGACAAAAUGGGUUCAACUAUUGAGGAGAGAAAUUUGCUAGCCGGCGUGCAGACUGGUGAAGCUCCAGGCUGCACGCUCAGCGACUUGCGUGUUCUGGUGCAGGAAACUGCGAUUAAGGGGGUUGGCUCAGGUUAUAAGAGUUUGCAUGACGCUGCUGUACUAACGUUAAUGUGGCACACGUUUGGUCGAGUGAUCGAUACCUGUUUUGCUAGGAAGAGCCAGCUAUCUAUGGCGGCGUCGGGGGAGCUCUUUCUGCAUCUAGCUCGAAUCAAGACUUCGGUGGUUCAAGGCAUCUCGAAUUACAAGGCCGCGACUCACUGGGAGCAGUGUAUGCUGCAUGGCCUCGGAAUGCUGUUCGUCGGAGCGUCGGAGCCUUCCAGCUAUGUGUUCCCACUAGUGCCGCACGCGGCGGCAUCGGGUUUGCCAGGAGAGAAGACCUACUGCCAAGACGAAGCUAUACUCUAG